AUGAAUGCUCAUGAGAAACAUGUUAAAGGAAUGGUAGUGAACUUAUUUCCUAGAAUACUUUUUCGUACCUAUGCAAAACACCAUCCUACACGAUCGUCAGUUUUUAGAACUAAUACAAGGAAACUUUUGAUUGCAGGAUCUACGGUAACUUUUACCAUAAUUUUGUAUAAUACAAAUGAGAAAUUCCACGACUCGAUACGGCAUGCUUCUCUGACUACAAAGAGGGUUAGUGUCGUUGGGCAGGCUACGCUGAGAUGUAUAUAUCAUUAUAAGAAGGUUUUAAACAAAAAAUUCAAGGAUCAAGAUUUGCGAACUAUUGAGUUAAAUAAGACUCAUAAACGGUGUGCUUUAAUUACGUUACAUGCAUUAGAAAGAAAUGGUGGCGUCUUUAUUAAAUUGGGCCAACAUAUUGGUGCCAUGUCUUAUAUGCUACCCAAACAAUGGACCGAAACGAUGACUCCAUUGCAGGAUAAAUGCCCCGAAUCUAAAUUUGAGGAUAUAAACCAAAUGUUCAUUGAUGAUUUAGGUGUUGGAAUAAAUCAACUUUUCUCUCAAUUUAACAAAGUGCCUAUAGGUGUUGCAUCAUUGGCACAGGUUUAUACGGGAGAAAUGCGUAACAGUGGUGAGAAAGUUGCAAUUAAAUGUCAGCAUCCAGAAUUGAAAGAGUUUGUACCUUUAGAUGUAUGGUUGACCAAGACAGUUUUCAGUCUGUUAAAUGUUGUAUUCCCUGAAUAUCCAUUGAAGUGGUUGAGUGAUGAACUGCAAUCUUCCAUUUAUAACGAAUUGGAUUUUAGACAGGAAGCCAAGAAUGCAAAAAGAACGUCUGAAUAUUUUAAAGAUUUUACGAAAUUGACAGCAUUGAGAAUACCUCGCGUGAUUAGAUCUGACAGUAGAAUUCUUAUUAUGGAGUACAUUGGUGGUAAAAGAUUAGAUGAUUUGAAUUAUAUGGAUUCUCAUGGUAUAUCCAGAUCAGAAGUAUCGUCAUGUUUAUCUCAUAUUUUCAAUAACAUGAUCUUUACACCUGGUGUAGGAUUGCAUUGUGAUCCGCAUGGUGGUAAUUUAGCCAUUCGUAGAUGUGAAAAGACAAAAGAGAGGCCUUAUAAUUUUGAAAUUAUAUUGUAUGAUCAUGGAUUAUAUAGGUAUCCUGAAACGCAAAUGAGAAGAGACUAUGCGAAAUUUUGGCUGGCAUUAUUGGAUCAAGAUGAAGUUAGUAUGAGGAAAUAUGCUAAGAAAUUUGCCAAGAUAACAGAUAAACAAUUUCCAUUGUUUGCAGCGGCAGUGACAGGGCGUAGUAUUGAUAUUGCAUUGCAUUAUGAUAUUUCCAAGCGAAGAGGACAAGACGAAGUGAGGACGAUGACUAUGGGAUUAUUGGAAGGAACAUUUCUGAGUGACAUAAUGAACAUAUUGAGUAGAAUUCCUCGAAUUGUUCUAUUAAUUUUGAAGACCAAUGAUCUAACGAGAUUUCUUGACGAAACGUUGGAUAAUCCAUUGGGACCAGAGAGAACUUUUCUGAUAAUGACUCAGUACUGUGCUAAAACAGUUUACGACGAAAAAUGUGAAAUAAAUGAUAGUCAAUGCACAGGACUUACAUGGGUGUGGCAUAAAUGUGUCAAUUGGAUAAAUUUCCAAAGACGUAAAGACCAAUUGUACCUGUACGAUUUCAUACUGUGGUGGAGAUCAUUUGUUUUUGGGUUGUUUAGAUACAUUUGA